AUGGAAAGUGGAAGGUCUUUCUUCACCUUGCCGUCAUGGUUUGUAAUUGUAGCCAUUCUUGUUGUUGGGUUAUCCGGUGGAUCUUACGCUAGUGAUGACGGUACUAACUUUACCUCUUCCUGCGGCAAUAUCCACAACAUAGGCUAUCCUUUCGGACUAAAACAUGAUCCAAACCACUGCGGCAAUUCGUAUUUUUCUCUGUCCUGUGAGAAGAACAUUACACUAUUAAACCUACCUUCUGGAGAAUACUAUGUCCAGGCAAUCAACUACCAUAACCGAACAAUCCGACUCCUAGAUCCUGGCCUUCAGAAGGACAAUUGCUCCUCCAUUCCUCGUUAUCCUUUAGCCUUAAUGAAUCGAUAUCGGAUCAUUUAUACGGAUGACCACUACGGAGAUUACAUAUUAUCAAGUACACCUGUAACUUUCUUGAAGUGCGCAAAUCCGGUGAAUUCUUCAAUCUAUGUGGACACUGCUCCAUGCAUUAGUACUACUUCUUUGUCGUCGCAGCCAAAAACGUACGGUUAUUUCAUGAUUGGCUGGACAAAUGCUUCGGACUUUGCGAUCGGCUGCAGUGUAGAGUGGACGACGGCUAUGCUUGACUCAUAUAACAAUCUACACCAAAACGCUUCCUGUGAAUAUAUACACAACGCUCUGCUGUAUGGCUUUGACCUGGGAUAUGGGCUUGGUAACUACUCCUUGUGCAAAUCAGGGUGGGACCGCUUUUUUUUGUUGUUUCCGAACACCACCUCAAGUUUCUUUCAUCACAUGGCACUGAGGUUUCACGGUACGUAA